AUGCUGGGCCAGAACAUCGGCGAGACUGCCAACGGACUGGCAGCAGCGAUUCUGCAAGCCGCCGCCGCCCAGCCGCUCUAUACGGGCGAGGUGGCCUGCUUUCUGGCCGAGCGGCGGCGGCUGCAGCCGGCGGCCGCGCUUGACAACGGCAUGAGCUUCUUCGAGCGCGCCGCCGGGUUCGACGUCAGCGGCCUCUACGCGAUCUCGCUGCGUGGAUGGGAGGCCGCCGUUCCGGUGCACUGCGACAUGGAGACGGAUGGGGGAGGCUGGACGCUGCUGCAGCAGCGCCGGAACGACAGCCAAGUCGUCUUCGCGCGCAGUCUCAGGCAGUAUGAGGAGGGCUUCGGCCUGACGGGCAACUCGCACUGGCUCGGACUUCGCGCCAUCGCUGCACUCACGGAGCGAGGCCUACAUACACUGCGCGUAGACAUGUGGGCGGACGAGCACCAGUAUGCCGAAUACGACGGCUUCUGGAUUUCCGGCGCGGACUACGUGAUCACCGUUGGGAAAUAUUGCGGCACCGCCGGUGACGGCCUGUACAAACAGCACGGCCAGAAGUUCGUAGCAUGCGGCCUCAACCAAGCGUCAAGGAGGGACAAAACUGCACAUGGCUUCCAGAGUAAAUGUCAAGGCGGUGGCUGGUGGGACUCACAGAAAACCGAGGACACAAACCUCAACGGGGUGCGCAAUCCCAACACGGGUGACCUCGAGGCCCACUGGGUCACGCGCAACGCCCACUUCGUCCCGCGAGUCUCAGCCAUGAAGAUAAGACCCGUCCAGCGCAUCGCGAUUGGGAAGUAG